UUGUCAUGUGAUUUACCCAGGCGUUAGCUUACUUAGAAAUGUUCUGACAGGAAUAAAUAGCAUGAUGUGCUCACUAGAAAAAAGAAAUUCGGCAGCUUUUGUUUUUACAACUUAAUUAGAGUGCCAAUGAACAUCACACUUUUUUUUAUAACCAAGCAAAUAUUAUCUAAUUCGUCGAAGUACCAGGGUACAGGGCUUUGUAUUAGGGUGAACAACAGGCCGGCUGGUUUGUUUCGAUGAAGUUCUUUGUUCACGUCAUGUGUAUGAGAACAAGGCAAAGAAGAGGGUGACACGUUGUGGUGAAAAUUGGAAUUUUUCAGCGUGUUCCAUCCCUAUGGAGCUCUCCCACAUAGGCUAUACAAGUAUGGCAACUCCCUGGAAGCAGGGUCAAAUUAAUUAAACACCAAACGGAAGAAAACGAAGCAAGACAGAUUUCUGGAGACAUGGCCACAGAACAUAUUAAUGGAAAUGGUCCAGAAGAACCAAUGGACACCACCGCUGCAGUUACCCAUUCUGAACACUUCCAGACUUUAUUAGAAGCUGGUUUACCACAGAAAGUUGCUGAAAAACUAGAUGAAAUUUACAUAGCAGGUUUGGUAUCGCACAGUGACCUAGAUGAUCGAGCAAUUGAGGCUCUAAAAGAGUUUAACGAAGAAGGUGCUCUGCAAGUUCUGUUGCAGUUCAAGGAUAGCGACCUCUCACAUGUUCAGAACAAAAGUGCCUUUCUUUGUGGAGUUAUGAAGACUUACAGACAAAGGGAGAAACAGGGGACCAAAGUCUCAGACUCCAACAAAGGACCAGAUGAGGCAAAAAUCAAAGCCCUGCUGGAGCGAACUGGCUACACGCUUGACGUGACAACGGGUCAGCGGAAGUAUGGAGGUCCGCCCCCCGAGUCGACUCACACGGGAGCCACGCCCACAAUUGGUACAGAAAUUUUCGUCGGCAAGAUUCCCAGAGAUCUAUUUGAGGACGAGCUUGUCCCCCUGUUUGAGAAGGCCGGGCCUAUCUGGGACCUGCGCCUGAUGAUGGACCCGCUCAGUGGCCUGAACAGAGGAUACGCCUUCGUCACAUUCUGCACUAAAGAGGCGGCGCAGGAGGCCGUGAAGCUGUGCAACAACAAUGAGAUCCGGCCCGGGAAACACAUUGGCGUAUGCAUCUCUGUGGCCAACAACAGACUGUUCGUCGGCUCCAUCCCCAAAAGUAAAACAAAAGACCAGAUUGUGGAGGAGUUCUCUAAAGUCACAGAGGGUCUGAAUGAUGUUAUACUGUACCAUCAGCCGGAUGACAAGAAGAAGAACCGCGGCUUCUGCUUCUUGGAGUACGAAGACCACAAAACCGCCGCCCAGGCCCGCCGCCGGCUGAUGAGUGGCAAGGUCAAGGUGUGGGGGAACGUGGUGACCGUGGAGUGGGCUGACCCGAUAGAAGACCCCGACCCUGAGGUCAUGGCCAAGGUCAAGGUGCUGUUUGUCAGGAACCUUGCCAGUACUGUAACAGAAGAAAUUCUUGAAAAGGCCUUCAGUCAGUUUGGCAAGUUGGAGCGGGUGAAGAAACUGAAAGACUACGCCUUCAUCCACUUUGAGGAGCGAGACGGUGCAGUCAAGGCCUUGGCUGAGCUGAAUGGGAAAGACCUGGAGGGAGAACACAUUGAGAUAGUCUUCGCCAAGCCCCCCGACCAGAAGAGGAAAGAACGUAAAGCCCAGAGGCAAGCGGCUAAAACGCAAAUGUACGAUGAUUACUAUUACUACGGCCCGCCCCACUUGCCCCCUCCCACAAGAGGCCGGGGACGAGGUGGCGGGCGCGGCGGUUACUCCUACCCCCCUGACUACUACGGCUAUGAAGAUUACUACGAUUACUACGGUUACGACUACCACAACUACCGGGGAGGCUACGACGACCCCUACUACGGCUACGAGGACUUUCAGGCUCCCGGGCGAGGACGAGGCAUCGUACGAGGCGGUGCCCGUGGCGGUGGCGCCACUCCGACCUCCCGAGGACGUGGAUCGGCCACGCCCAGAGGCAGAGUCGGGGGCUUCACCCAGCGAGGAGGCAGUGGCCCUGGAUCAAGCAGAGCAGGGAAAAGGGGUCGAGGCCGGUCCUGACCUGUCACUAUGAAGACUGACUGACUGUGUUGGGUUACACCAGAAGCUGCAAUGGGAUACGGAUGGAAAAGUCAGCGAAAUGGUCCAAUAUUCCAGCCUUACAGAAGCAUCUCCCCCCAAACUGCCACCUAAACAAUCACCGGAUUAUUUAGAAGAAAAAAAAACAUGCCACCCCCCACCCCCCCCCCCGUCUGCCCCAACACCCUUUCCUCCCCCAUGCCAUUUUUAAAUAAUUAUUGAAGAAUUUGCACUUUUUAAGUUUCUUAGUUUGAAGUGGCUCAAAGGAGCUUGAUGCUAUUGUAUAUUUUUGUGCUAAUCGCAAUUUUUAUUGUCUGAAUAUCCAUGUUAAUCUUAAUCGUUUGAUUUGGAUGUUUGAAGAGAACAAUUGCAGGUUUUAGGUGUAACCACCUGGCAUCGAUAAGUCUGGCAUUCCAGGAAAGUGGUUCUUUUCAGAACUUGUCUUUAAAGGGUUGGUUAACUACCUCAGUACAGAGGAUUAAACUACCCGGCCUGUACAGUAAAUAGGGGAACUAUAUUGAUGAAAGCAGGGCUUGUUUCCUACAAAAUAUGCACAAGAGCAGCAGCACUCAAGUGAUGUACUUAAUGUAAUAUAGUCAUUUUGUUGCAGCUCUGACACUGCAAACAGUCAAACUGGGCAUGCAAAAAUGAUCUCAUAUGAUGAGCCAGAACAAGCCUUGCUUUUAUCCUAUUUUGAACUGAACUAGCUGCCUUGCUUCUUCAGAUUAUUGUAGUUACUGGUUGUAUAGUUUGGAAAAUGUUACUUUUGUAAAGGCUUGAACAUCAACAAAGGCAUUAACUGUCUUUGAACAAAGCCCUGCAGUGUCCCUUUGCCACCCAAGGAUAUAUUUGUUUUUGUUUUUUAGGAUAGAACAGAAUUAUGUUCCCUACCGCCACCUGCCCCUCCCUUUUAGUGAAAUGUCCCAAUCAUGCAAAAUCUCGAUGGUCCCUCUGUGAACUCUGAACCAGCUACCAAGUCGAGUCACUUGGUUUUAAAAUGAAUUGCCAUAAAGCCCAGCCAGCGAGCAUUUCUGCCUGUAGCUGUUUAGAGCGAGCGAGGGACCGCGGUCACGCGGUGGUAAAAGGGAUACUGCAGCUAUGAUUUGUAUUCCAUGUAUAGCAAAAAUGAGACUGAACUAUUCAUCCGGUUUUGUACACAGUUAACUCCCUCUCAAUAAAAACAUUACAACCACCUUUUGAAAAGAUGUUAGCAGUUUUAAACUAUUGUUGGUGGCCAACAACGUUUUUUGCAUUCCUGCAAAUAAAUUGUUUUAUACUGUAAAA